GAUUUAUCAUAAGUAUGUGGGGCUCCUCGGUAGCGUAAUCUUCGUGGAGUGUUCUUUUGUGUGGACCUGGACUUGGUUUUCUCCGGUUGAGAAAGCACCUGGUGUGAGGCGCAGCAUUUUCCUUAUUCUAGGCAGGGGUGUAGGCCCGCCCCCUCGCGGGAGCACCAGUCCAGGAGGUCGGCGCCGCGGCUGCGCAGCCAUCUGCCCGCAGGCCGCCGCGCGCUGCACAGGGGCGCGGGCCCCUUGCGGGGGCGCGGGCUGCGGGGCGCCCCUCGCACGGCCUCCGCUGCACCCUUCGCAACAGAAGGCCUGGAGAUGGGGGCCGUAUUGCCGAAGCCGGUGGAGUCCACCGUGAUCGAGCGGCGGGCCGCGGGGCCUUUCCGCGUGGGCAUCGCGGAGAUGAACGGUUGGCGUAGCAGCAUGGAGGACGCCCACCUCAUCCACAUGCAGCCCGACUGGGGCUUCUUCGGCGUUUUCGACGGCCACGGGGGCGACAAGUGCGCGGGCUACGUCGCUGGGCGUCUGGGCGAGGAGUUGCGGCGGCACGGUUGCCCCGAGGACGACGCGGCGCUGAAGCAGCUGGUGCUGGGCGUGGAUAAGGCCUUCCUGGCAACUCGGCAGCCCAGCGGCUCCACGGGCACCAUGUGCAUCGUCCACAGUUCCAGAGGACGGGGCAAGUUUCGGUUGCGCGUCGCCAACUGCGGUGACAGCAGAGUCUUACUAGGAAAGCGCGACGGCACAAUAGUGGACGGCGGGGGCACGGAUCAAGGCCUCACCACCGACCACAAGCCGAGCCAUCCGGGGGAGCGGCAGCGCAUUUACAGGUGCGGGGGCCACGUCGAGGAGGCCGCCGGCGGCGUGCCGCGCGUGAACGGCGAGCUGGCCGUUUCCCGCGGUUUCGGGGACGCGGACUUCAAGAAGACCGGGGGCCCUGGCCCCGAGGACCACCCUGUGACGGCCAACCCGGAACUUGGGCAUUUCGAGUGCGAUUCCUCAGAUUUCUUGCUGCUGGUGUGCGACGGCGUGUCCGAGGGCGACUUCUCCAACGCCGAGGUCGUGAAGCUCGUUGCCGACACAUUGCGCAAGAAGGAGGACCCAGGUGUCGCUGCAGAGGCCGUCAUCAAGAGGGCCAUCGAGACGAAUUCCAAGGACAACAUCUCCUGCAUGGUGGUGCUGAUGUCCGGCGCGAGCGGUCCUGAGGAGAGUGUCGAGUUCAACCCUGGGCCGCUGACUGCCCCAGAGGACAAGACUUUCAUGACCGCCUACGAGGCCAUGGCCAAGCGCGCGGGUCUGACCCUGGCGCAGGCGGCGGAGCUGCGCUUCGAGCGCCUGCAGCAGUGGCUCUCCGCGCCUGGGGGCGGGCAGGAGGAGGCGCUGCACGACGAGCUGGCGCUCUUCGGCAGCCCGGCGGGCACCAAGGGCAGCGAGGAGAGGAAGGCGUGGUUCCGGUCGUGGCUGCAGAAGCUGGCGGAGAUCGGGGGGGGGGGGCGGAGCGAAGGAGCUCCUCUUGGGCGGGAGGGCAGAGGGUGA